AAGGAAGACGUUUCUGCACAUGCCCGUGAUAUUCCUCACCACUGGGGGCAGCUUUACAUACGGCUGCAUUCUGCGAAACCAAAGCAACAGUCGGACAGAGCUCCCAGAAUGACAGCACGCAGAAGUGAGCAGAGCUUGUUCACUGCACGGGCUUCUGAAACCUUCUAUGCUCCAAAGCAGCUUCCUGGCCGGAUCGGGUACUGAGUAAGGGAACUGCUGUGCUACGGAAUACAGAUGUGUGACUUCAGAUAGCUACAUGGUGCUUAGAAGAAUCUAACAUGCUUUCCUAUACAGAAAAAUUUUAAAAGCCAGGUUCCUAACUAUAAAGAUGCAAAACCACAAUAUCCAUGAAGAUCCUAUUACCUAGGAAGAAUUUGACAUUUUGCUGCAAAUGCUGUGUUGGGAUUGAUUUAUUCUUGGAGUGUUCUGCAUGGCUGGCAGAGAAUAAUGUUCCAAAAUCGGUCCAUCUCCCAAGGGGUCCAAUUUUUCUUCCUGGGUGUCAGCGAGCCCUGACUCACUACAGUGCAGCUGACAGGGGCUGCCAUGCUUGUGGCACACUAAGCAAAAAACAAAAGACCUAAGGACGACCUUUGAACAACACAGAGGAUGGGUUUCAAUGUAAUUAGGCUACUGAGCGGAUCAGCUGUAGCUCUGGUAAUAGCCCCUACUGUAUUACUGACAAUGCUUUCUUCUGCUGAACGAGGAUGCCCUAAGGGCUGUAGGUGUGAAGGCAAAAUGGUAUAUUGUGAAUCUCAGAAAUUGCAGGAGAUUCCCUCAAGUAUAUCUGCUGGUUGUUUAGGUUUGUCCCUUCGAUAUAACAGCCUCCAAAAACUAAAAUACAAUCAAUUUAAAGGUCUUAACCAACUCACCUGGCUCUAUUUAGACCAUAACCACAUCAGCAAUAUUGAUGAAAAUGCUUUCAGUGGAAUACGCAGACUAAAAGAGUUGAUCCUGAGUUCCAACAGAAUCUCCUAUUUUCUUAAUAAUACCUUCAGACCUGUGACAAACCUCCGGAAUUUGGAUCUGUCAUACAAUCAGCUGCAGUCUCUGGGAUCUGAACAGUUCAGGGGCUUAAGGAAGCUGCUGAGUUUACAUUUGAGGUCCAAUUCCCUAAGAACGAUCCCUGUUCGAAUAUUUCAAGAUUGUAGGAACCUUGAACUGCUGGACCUGGGUUACAAUCGCAUUCGAAGUUUAGCAAGGAAUGUCUUUGCAGGCAUGAUCAGACUGAAAGAGCUUCAUCUGGAGCACAAUCAAUUUUCUAAGCUCAACCUGGCACUUUUUCCAAGGCUAGUCAGCCUUCAAAACCUUUAUUUACAGUGGAAUAAAAUCAGUGUGAUAGGACAAACUAUGUCCUGGACCUGGAGCUCAUUACAAAGACUUGAUUUAUCUGGCAAUGAAAUAGAGGCUUUCAGUGGACCCAGUGUUUUUCAGUGUGUGCCCAAUUUACAGCGCCUCAACCUGGAUUCAAACAAGCUCACAUUUAUUGGUCAAGAAAUUUUGGAUUCUUGGAUAUCCCUCAAUGACAUCAGCCUUGCUGGGAAUAUAUGGGAAUGCAGCAGAAACAUUUGCUCUUUGGUAAACUGGCUUAAAAGUUUUAAAGGGCUGAGGGAAAAUACAAUUAUUUGUGCCAGCCCCAAAGAGUUGCAAGGAGUGAAUGUUAUUGAUGCAGUGAAGAACUACAGCAUCUGUGGCAAAAGCACCACGGAAAGGUUCGAAUUAGCACGAGCUUUCCCACAACCAACGUUUAAACCAAAACUCACCAGGCCUAAACAUGACAGCAAGCCCCCUCUGCCCCCAACUAUUGGAGCCACUGAAUCAAGCUCUGAACCUGAGCACGACACUGAACACAUCUCCUUCCAUAAAAUCAUAGCAGGCAGCGUGGCCCUUUUCUUGUCUGUGCUUGUGAUCCUGCUGGUAAUCUAUGUGUCAUGGAAGCGUUACCCAGCCAGCAUGAAGCAGCUGCAGCAGCGCUCUCUCAUGCGAAGGCACAGGAAGAAGAAAAGACAGUCGCUGAAGCAAAUGACUCCAAGCACACAGGAAUUUUAUGUAGAUUACAAACCUACCAACACUGAAACCAGUGAGAUGCUGCUGAACGGAACAGGACCCUGCACGUAUAACAAAUCAGGCUCCAGGGAAUGCGAGAUACCACUGUCUAUGAAUGUGUCAACAUUUCUUGCCUAUGAUCAGCCCACAAUAAGUUACUGCGGAGUGCAUCAUGAACUGCUUGCUCACAAGCCCUAUGACUCAAAUAACCAUGAAGAAACAAUGGAAACACACCUAGAGACUGAUCUGGAUCUGAGCACAAUAACAACAGCAGCACGAAUCAAGGAACACAGUCAGCAGCUGGCUUAACUGGUCUUUUUGUUGUUGUUGGGGGUGGGGGAUGGUUUGAUUUAUUUUUUUUUCCUGUAGCAGAGGCUGCAACCAAAUUCUAUGUAAAAUUAUGGACAGAAGUGAGACAACAUAUUAUGGAUUCUUGGGUUCAAAUUAAAAAACAAAAAUCACAAAGAGUAAUUGUUUCAAGUCUACAAUUUAUAAUGAGCUACGUUGUGCAGUAUUUUUUUGACUUCAGAGUAUGACCCUUAAAGUGAAUCUUUUACAAAACCCAUCCUACCUAGCUGUAUAAACUGUACAGAUGUAUUUUUCAUAUUUUAAAGUUUCAAUUACCAAGAACAGCUGGUAUGUAUAGUACCAUGAUUAAAUUACAUCUUACAAGCUUCAGUUUCUAAAGGUUAAAAUUAACAAAAAUUAUUUCAUGUGUUAUUAAGUUUUUGUAGGGGUCAUUUUAUUACUGCUUUUGUGACCAGAAAACAUUAAUCUAAAAUUCUGUCCUUUGCAGAAUAUGCACCAAUUUUACCGUGUUUAAUGUGUAGAAUUUUAUCUACUGGUUCCAGAAGUAAUGCAUCAGUCAAAAGGAGGGUUUGUUACUCAGAUUAAUAAAUCCUUGAAAUACAUAGCUAAGUUUUCUUGCAAAUGAAAAUCAAAAUAACUCUCCUCCAACUUACCUGUUGCCUUGAAAUACAGCCUGAUUUCUUAAUCAGAGAAGUCUGUCAAUUAACAUUGUAACAGUAAGGUUUACGUAUGGAAUUGUUAGCUGCACUGCUGAAGUUUUGUAAAGUCUCUGUUCUGCAAGACAACAGGGACAGAAGACCUCAACAGGCAGCUGCCUCUACCAACUCUGCAAGUAUUACCUAGCAAAUCAGGCAUUUGUAUUUCUACUUAAAGACAAAUGGGCACAAGGCCUACUCCCAUCAAAGAUAGCUGCUGACAGAAGUGGCAACAGAAACAAGCCCUGAAGAGUUAUACUUCUCCUAGAAUAGAAAAUGUUACGUGAAAGUAAGAAACCUAUGCUUUGCUGAAAAAUAUAGUAAUUUGGACCAAA